GAUUCUCAACUCCUCUCUGCGGGAUCGCGUGGCACCACAGAUCAAUAUGAAGAUUAUUAUUUGGGAGCGAGGGGUUCAGCUGGGUGGUCUGGGAGUCACCACGACCAUGUCCUCCCAGGCUCUAGGAAAGCCCACUUUGCGGCCGAUCAUGACGGUGAUGCGAGUGACCGUGAUGGAGGAGAUUCUUCGUCAAAAAGUUCUCAAAUGUUAGAGGAAGAAGAGCUCCUGAUCAAGGAUGAUGCCGAAAUGCGUCAAUAUCUGGAGCCUCUGUUCGACGUCAAGGAGUUUCGCAGACAAAAAGCUGAAUGUUUACGACGCAUCCUGAGCUACGGAGAAGUCCAC